CUGUGUUAGGCACAUGCUGCAAAACUUCCAGAAAGCAGGACAUAGAGGUGAGACACUCAAGAAUGAUAUUUGGGCCAUUGCUAGGUCCACAAACAUUCCAAAGUGGGAGAAAGCCAUGGAUACGCUAAAGGCUGAUAGUGAGGCAGCAUAUGAAUGGGUUGAACAGCUAGUGACCAAUACGUGGAUAAAAGCAUUUUUCAGUGAGUUCCCUAAAUGUGAUAUGCUUCUUAACAACCACUCAGAGGUGUUUAACAGCUACAUCCUACAAGCCAGAGAAAUGCCAUUCUUAUCAAUGCUAGAAACUAUCUUCUACAAGAUUAUGCAAAGAAUGGCAUCCAAACAAGAUGAAGCUGAAAAAUGGACAGGAAGGAUUUGUCCCAAGAUCAAGAAGAAGUUGGAUAAAUACACUGAAUGGAGUGCACAUUGUAUGGCUAAGGGUGCAGGAGAUCACCGUUUUUCUGUCAGUUCACAUGAACUGGAGCAAAAGUAUAGUGUUGAUUUAAGAGCAAAGACAUGUGACUGCAAAAGGUGGCAAUUGACGGGUAUACCUUGUCACCAUGCCAUAGCUUGUUGUAGAGCAAAUAGAAUAAACCCAGAAUCACUAGUGCAUAGUUGCUACACAAUUGAUACAUACCUCAAAGCAUACCAGUUCAAAUUAGUUCCACUGAGAGGGAGGGUAUUCUGGGAGAAGAUGAAUGGAGUGGUGAUUCAUCCACCUCUAUUCACAAAAGUUAUGGGGAGGCCUAAAAAGAAUAGGAGAAAGGCACCAGAGGAGAAAAUUAAAAAUGGUGUCAAGAGAUUUACCAAGUCUGGGGUAACAAUUCACUGUUCCAUCUGUGGGGUAGCUGAUCACAAUAAAAAGGGCCAUGCCAAAUAUGUAGAGAGCCAACUAGAACAGCAACAACCAGAACAUGUACAAGUGGAAGCUGCUGAGACGGAUUACAUGCAGCAUUUACAUGUACAACCACGAAAUCCAACUCUGGAUCCUUCACAUCAGUUGAACAGCAUGGUUUACAACCUUGAGCAAGAGGCACAACAAAAUGUGCCAGUGAGCAGGUAUCAUGGCCCUCUACCAGAAAGUGCAUUUGUGGAUGCUGCUAGAGAGAGCAUACCACAGGCUAGAGUUAGGAUAACUACAGCAACAACAAGGGGAAGAGGAAGAGGAAGGUCUGCUGCAACUACACCAGCAACACGGGAGGAAGAGCCACAAACGGAAGCUUCUAGGGGAAUAGCAAGAGGAAGGACUGCUAAAACUGGGCAAGCAACAGAGGGGAUGUCCAACAGAGGCAGGGGAAAAGGAAAGAAGAGCAAAGCAGCUGAACCAGAUGAACAACAAGGCAACCGAAGAGUGGUACUAGAUUUGAAUGCUGAGGCUAAUGAAGAAAUUUAGAUAGUUCUCCUCUUUGAAUAAUGCAUAUUUUCUGAUGUAAUUAAGUUCCAGUACUGUGAGGUUGUUCCUGGUUAAGUUUAAACUGUAAUGUGAGUUUGAACUCAAUACUAUACUGUGAGGUUGUUCCAAGUACGGUG